AUUGGGCUGUGGGAGUGCCCUGUGCUGUAUAAGUAACACACCACACACCGGCUUACUAGUGGAGUGUAGGUCUUCUGACAGGUUACAGAGCAAUCCUGAAUCUCACUGGGGUCUGAGCAGAGUAAGGUUUCAUCUCCAAGUUGGAAGCAUGAAGAUUCAGUGUGUUGCCCUGUUCUCCCUCCUGCUCCUGAUCUCACAGCUGUUCUUGGUGGACUGUAAAAAACAGAAGGAAAGAAAAAAUGGGAAAGAUGGUAAAGGAGAGGAGAGACAGACUGGCUCUGCUAGCAAGAAUGAGAGAGGUCAAAAAGACAAUGGAGAAAAAAAGUUCCCUCGGGGCAGAUUUUCCACUCGAGAGAAUGUCCCCUGUACCUGGGCAGUGACUGAGAAGGAGGGGAUCACCUUGAAAGUACGAUGUAAAGGAGAGGAAGCCCAGUUUGAGUGUACCUAUGCAGGCAAUCCGUCUUCCUGCCCCAAUUUUGCAGGCAAUGAAAAAGCCUACUGGAAGCAAAUUGGUCGUGCCCUGCAGAAACAGAAGAACCUUUGUGCUGAUUCAAAGAGUGUCCUCAAGUCCCGUGUAUGCAGGAAAGGUGCCCAUAGUGCCCAUCUCAAAAUGGUGGACUCUACCAUCAAGAACAAGAGCCAGGAAAAGAAGGGGAAAAAGCAUCCUCCAACAUCACCUUCCACUGUUAGACCAACCACUCUGACUACUAAGCCAACUGGUCACCAAUCAACAACUGAGAAGUGUAUGGAGGAUGUUGAGGUUAUCAACCAGAGAAGGGUGGCAGAGGAAUACUGUGGAGAGUCCUGGAGUUCUUUAUGCACCUUUCUGCUCACCAUGUUACAGGAUAAAAAGUGCUAGCAAACUCGGACACUCAGUCCCAUUCUUUAGUCCCUGCCCUGAAAUUGGAGCCUCUCUCUCUCUUUAUGUGCUGCAGAGUUUUCAUUCAAGUUUCCCUUUAUAGCAUGAACUUCCAAGGUGCUGGAAUGGAAGAAAUUACAGCUAUGUAUUUAAAUGUGUUUUGUAAUUUUUUCUUUUUUUUAAUAUUUUGUAAUUUUUAUUUCCUUAGAUUUUAUUUUCAUAGAGGCUGCUAACAAUUGCCAGCAUAUGUUACAAAGACUGUAAAGAAGUUGUGUGUUUAUGUGUAUAUAUUUAUAUAUGUAUGUAUACACGUAAAUAUAAAGAUAUGUCAGUAAAUGCAUAUGUGUAUGUACAUGUACAUGCAUGCACAAAGCGGGUUCUAUCCAAUCCCUCUUUGGGUUCAGCAUGCCAAAGAGAUGGUUUCAGUGCAAUGCACUCACUCUCUGACAACCUAUAUUGCUUUUCACCUGGCCAGGUACCCCAGCUUGGCUAAGAUAAUAAAGUUUUGCAAAUAUA